UAUUCUCUUCGAACAGUCGGGUUUCGAAGAACAUAUUCGACGGAAUGAUAUCUGCUUGGAAAAUAUUUUGUGGGAGAAUUCCGCAACGAUGGGUAUUCGCAGUAAUGGGAUUUUUGGCAUUAAUCAAUGCUUACGCGAUGAGAGUUUGCCUCUCGAUCACCAUUACCAAGAUGGUAUACCCGCAAGAAAGUACCACGAAUGACAUCGGUAAUAUUUGCAAUAUCACGGAGCAAGACCAACAUGAUUCCAACAACACGGUAUCAACGGAUGCGAAACUGUACCACUGGGACGUAUUCACUCAGGGUAUAAUAUUGUCGUCGUUUUACUGGGGUUACGUGAUAACACAUUUACCGGGUGGAAUGCUGGCGGAGAAAUUUGGAGGAAAACAUUCCCUUGGUCUGGGAAUUCUAGCGACCGCUCUGUUCACAUUAAUUACACCGGUGGUGGUAGAAUUUGGAGAAUCGACGGGUCUAAUUAUCCUUCGCGUGUUAAUGGGUCUUUGCGAGGGCACAACGUUUCCGGCGUUGAACACGAUGCUUGCACAGUGGACACCGCCGGAAGAACGAUCCAAGAUUGGCUCGUUGGUAUUCGCUGGUUCUCAGCUCGGUACAGUGUUCGCGAACUCGUUGUCCGGAAUAAUACUUCAUUACUCACCGAUGGGCUGGCCAGCUGUGUUUUACGUGUUCGGUAGCGUUGGGGUACUCUGGUUCUUGAUAUGGCUGGUAACAUGCUACAACAAUCCGGAUACGCAUCCAUUUAUUUCUGAUAAGGAGAAAAACUUUUUGAGAGAAAGAAUGCAAGCGCAUACGCAUAAAAAGCCACCCUCGGUACCAUGGAGGCACCUUUUGAAAUCCGUGCCACUUUGGGCAUUGAUAACCGCGCAGAUCGGCCACGACUGGGGUUUCUUCACAUUGGUAAACGAUCUGCCGAAAUACAUGAGCAAUGUACUCAAGUAUUCGAUUAAGAGCAACGGGUUGCUCUCUGCGUUACCUUAUCUAACAAUGUGGAUCUGUAGUGUAAUUACAUCUUGGAUAGCCGAUUGGAUGAUCACAACUGACAAGAUGUCGCGGACCAACGUACGUAAACUAGGCACGACUAUUGCUUCGCUCGGACCUGCAGUGUUCGUUAUGGGCGCAUCCUACGCCAGAUGCGACAGAACAACUGUCGUUAUAAUGUUCACCCUCGGCACGACACUGAUGGGCACAUUUUAUCCAGGGAUGAAAGUUAACGCGCUGGAUCUUAGUCCAAAUUACUCUGGCACGUUGAUGGCUCUUGUAAACGGAAUAGGCGCUUUAACUGGUAUCAUCACACCUUACAUCGUCGGCCUGUUAACUCCGAACCAGAAUCUUGACGAAUGGAGAAUCGUAUUUUGGAUCGUCCUUGUCGUUUUCGUUGUGACCAACGUAGUUUUUGUAUUUUACGCAAGCGGCGAAGUUCAAUACUGGAACGACCCUGAAUUCAUUACAAGAGAAAGAGAAGAGAAACGAGCGAAAAAAAGAGAUAAGAAGAGUGACACUGCUACGUCUGCGCUGUCUCUUUAGUAUUCUCAAUCAUUGUAUCGCGUAAUGUGUCCUCCUUGUAUAGGUUUACCUAUAUUAUAACCAGCGCCUUAGAAUUAAGCGUUUCUCCGUCAACGUACUCUUACACUUUUCUAUUAACUAGAUACUCUUCCUCUUGUGCGUCUAGUCCAUAUUUUUUCCGUCUACCACGGAUUCGGGUUAAAAAACUAACGAAACACACACACACACACACACACACACACACGCACAAAGCCGUGUGAGAACAUAACGAGGAAUUUUUAAUGUAGAAAACUCUGGAAUGCCUCAAGGAAUAUGUUAUCUAGCGAAAACGAAAGAAAUAUUUGGAGGACGUUUCAU